AUGUCGUCUCCAUCAUCUGGCGGAAGUGUAGGAAAGCGAAAGCGUACUGCUACUGGCCCAUCAUCCAAGAAAACCUCAUCACUCGAUCAAUUACAAAAUACAUCAAGAGACGCAUCUGGUGAAGAUGGCGAGUCUGCCGCUCCAGCAAACCGAGAAACCCGUAGCUCAAGUCACAAGAAAACCAUUUCGGUCGAUUCUCAGAACCCACCUGCUAAACGUCUUAGAUCGUCUACGCACGAUAAAGUAGCGGUUAAUGGAUCUGAGAGUGCGCGAGAUUCGGGUGAAUCGGCGGAUACGACUGAGAGUAGUACGGAUAUUGCGAACAGAGUUGGAAAGAUGGGAAGGCAAAGUUUUUCAAAGGCAGAGGAGGGAGGGCAAGAGGGGAAGGCAGACGGAGAGAAUGAGGAAAAUACACCAUCGAUGGCUCCACCACCAAUUGGAAAAUUAACAGAUCCGGUUGGAUAUACGACCAAUCCACCACCUGCUGAUAGACCUGUUCGUGUCUAUGCGGAUGGUGUGUUUGAUUUAUUUCAUCUUGGACAUAUGCGACAGCUCGAACAAGCUAAGAAAGCAUUUCCAGAUGUCUAUUUACUGGUCGGAGUUACAGGAGAUGCGGAAACACACAAAAGAAAAGGUCUCACAGUUCUAUCUGGGCAGGAGCGAGCUGAGACUGUAAGACACUGCAAAUGGGUUGAUGAGGUCGUUGAGAAUUGUCCUUGGAUUGUUACUCCGGAGUUUCUAGCAGAGAAGAGGAUUGAUUAUGUUGCGCAUGACGAUCUUCCAUAUGGAGCUGAUGAGGGAGAUGAUAUCUACAAGUCCAUCAAGGAACAAGGCAAGUUCUUGGUUACACAGAGAACCGAGGGUGUUAGCACGACUGGUAUAAUCACAAAAAUCGUCCGUGAUUAUGAGAAAUAUAUCGCGCGUCAAUUCAAGCGGGGUACUACAAGACAGGAGCUCAACGUAUCAUGGCUCAAGAAGAAUGAGCUUGACCUAAAACGUCAUGUUGCAGAAAUGAGGGAGGCUAUCCGAACAAAUUGGAGUACUACUGGUCAAGAAUUGGGCAAAGAAUUGAAACAAUUCUGGCAAUCCCGUCCUGGUAGUCCUGCACGCAUGCACAGUUUCGACGGAAAUAACGUCGGAUCUCUUACGAGUCCUUCUGCUCUACAACACCUCACGCGCCGUUUGGAAAUUCCUAGAAAUGAUAGCCCGGGUCCCGGUAGUGAUUUUGCUACAGGAUAUAGCUUAGGGCUUAUCGGUGGUGUACGAUCGUGGAUGACAAGAAGUCGACAAACCAACCGUGAUAGCUUACAGGGAAGUGAAAGUAGUGAAGAAGAAAGUGAUGAGAGAUUAUCACCUCGUGAUAGGAGCGAAAAGGAGAAUUUUAAACCUGAUGAAAAUGAAGUUGAUGAAGUGGAUGAAGAACAAGUCGAUGCUCAGAUCGAUGCGGCUAUGGCGGAGAACGCGAAGAAGUCUGGUCAAUAG